AGGAAAUAAAGUAAAGAUAUUUAUUUUUAUUGUUUAGCGUUUACUUCUAUAAAAUGUGUAGUUACGUAAAAUUGUAUUACGAAUACACAAAAUUACGUAGACAUUAUGGUAGGCAACAUUCAUUCCAAGAUGUUCCAGCUCAAAUACUAGACUCCAUUAAACCAAAUAUAUGUCAUCAAAGAGAUUAUAUCCUCAGAAAUCCUGUGAAUCGUGAAGUGCAAGCGACAUUACCGCAAACACAACAUGAUAUAAAUACAAAAUCACUACUAACUCAUGAGCAAGGAAUAAAUCAUACAGAAGGUGGUUGGCCACGCGAGGUUCACUUACAUAACGAAGAACAUUUGAUGCGACACCGUCGUAGAAUUAUACAUGAAGAUAACUAUGUGCAUACAGUUCUGAAUUUGGUACCGAUGAUGGAGCAUUAUGUUGAUCAAAAUAAUGCUAUCAAUAUAUAUGAAACAUACUUCGAUGAUAUGCAAUCACAAGAAGCUGUUGAAAAGUACAACAUUCGGGUUACAAAUGUAUUUCGAGAUUCUUUCAAGCGGCCUAUCUCAUGUAUAGCUUGGACAAAUGAAAAAAUACCUAAAAUAGCUGUAUCAUAUUCAGAUAGAACAUGCAACUUAAAUUCCUAUAUCUAUCUGAAUAAUGAUUGUUACGUAUGGGACAUUUGUAAACAAACUGAACCAAUCUCAAAAUUACAGCCAGAUAACCCUUGUUGGCAAUUGGCGUGUUCCCCCAUACAUCCGGAAUUAGUUGUAGGUGGUCUGGUUAAUGGAAUUGUAAAUAUAUUUGACAUUAGAGAAAGCACUAAAGUUAUAUCAAGGAGUAUAGUUUAUAACUCUCACCGAGAACCUAUAACAGCCUUACUUUUUACACUCUCUCGUACCAAUACUGAGUUCUUUACCGGAUCCCCUGAUGGACAAUGUUUCUGGUGGGAUUUACGAAAUCUAUCAAAGCCAUUAGAUCAAGUACCAAUAUCUGUAAGAAUUCCAGUUGGGCAAGAACCGAAUUUGAAUAACGCUGAAGGUGUGAGUUCUUUAGAAUAUCAUCUUGGUUUACCAACGAAAUUUCUUUGUGGAACAGAGUCAGGUCUGGUCAUUAACGCUAAUCGAAUGGGUAGAAGUCAUUCUGAAAUCUUAUCGUCAUAUUGGAAUGCACAUUCUGGUCCUGUUCGUGCAGUACAUCGUAGUCCAUGUACACUUAGAAUGUUUUUAACCUGUGGAGACUGGACAGUGCGUCUAUGGAGUGAAGAAGUUCGCACUGCACCCAUAGUAGUAACAAAGCCAUAUAAUAAUGAAGUCACUGAUGCUUCUUGGACACCCUUAAAAUUUUCUAGCUAUAUGUCUAUCUGUGCAGGUGGUAUUUUUUACUACUGGGAUUUUCUUCGUAAAUAUCGUGAGCCUAUAGCUACUCUUAAAAUCUCUAAACAUCAACUUACAAGGCUUACUUGUCAUCGUGAAGGCGAAUCAGUAGCCAUUGGAGAUGUAAAUGGAUCAGUAUACUUGGUACAGUUAUCAGAAAAUAUGAUUAUACCUGGAAAUCAGGAUAAACACCUUAUGUCACAGACAUACGAUCGUGAGACUCGACGUGAGCAUAUUCUUGAUGCGCGUUUGAAAGAAAUUCAUUUAAAAAUUCGGACAGAAGCAGAAGUAACUACUGCACCAACGUCUAAUGAGAAGUCCAAUGAAGAUGAAUUAAUUCAAACAGCAGAAAAACAAUAUUUUCAUAUCGUGAAUAAUGAAUUACGUCAAAUGGAAACAAUAUCAAUGCAUAGUAAUGAAUCUAUCACAUAAAUUUAAUUCGGUAAUAAAA